CCAGACAAAGGCUAUCAAAGGAUGUAUCCUGUGAAUUUUACAGUUUUCAUAUUCUGCAUUGAUAGUUCAUAAUGUAUUUAAAAGUGUAUUUUUAUGAGCUCUUUUUACACAAAUCCUCAAUUAAUAUGUUAUAACAGUAAAAAAGGGGGAGAAACGGAAUUUCAAUUACUUUAGAUGACGUUGACUUUGAGCAUUAUAAUGUAACUUGAUUUAAUUGACAAUACAUCAAACAGUGCUUCUUUCACAAAAAAAAUAUGAGACCUCGUAUUUACCCACAUACAGAAGAUUUUAUAAAUGCCAAAAUAACAGCUAAACUUGCUAAGAUGGGGGACGAAACGAGUACCAGCACAAUGAAUCAACCUGCUGGUGGAAACAGAGACUUUCAGUUAAAGUAUGCCAAAAUUCACCACUUGGAAGACGUAUGGAUGGAGCUUAAUAAUCUAGAGGGAGUAAAGUUAAACGUAGAAAAAGAUGGGCUGAAAAAUUAUGGUCAAGUGCUUGCAACUGCAUGUGAAACUACUGCUACGUGUUAUAAUAACUAUUACAUUGAGAAUUUUCAGAGCAUUAUCUGCAACUACUUCAUGUAUAUGAUUUGUAAAGAAUUUCAUAACGUUAAAAAAUCUGUCAUAAGGAAACUUGUAUAUGAACAUGUUUUAGAUCAAGUACUAUCAUCUGAUCCUGUUGCCGUUCUAAAUAAUGAUAUCCUCCCACCAUUAAGCCAAAAAACAAAAAAUGGUUUACAGGCAUUUAUAAACCCUUUAAUUGUGGAGCUCAAGAACCGCUUGCCAUCGUUCACAAUUACAAAGGCAACUCAGAAUACUGCCCCUUUUGGUAUUUUACCGGCAUUAAGACACAUUCUAUCCAAGUAUGAAUCAAUAAUUGCUGAAAAUUCUACUUUACAGAAGCGUGACUCAGAAACAGGAAAACCUCAAGAUACGGUUCAAUCUGGUGAAAAAAAGAAGGAAGAUGAUAUUGUAAAGCAUUUUGUACUGCCUAGAGUAUUUAGCCUGUUUCCCAAUCCCGGUUUGCAGUGGCGCUUUAUCAAAAUCGAUAGUCAAAACGUUACUGGUAUAUUCCCUGGCUCAAAGUUACAGAAAGAAAAGGACGAGACUUUAUUUAGCUUCACACAAAGGUACUUUUACGAUUGUUUUAACUUUGCCAAGUUAAAAAUUAGAAGCAUUGUCCUAGAACUCGAUGACUUUAACACUGAAGAGGUAAAUACUUAUUUUAGGCCAUGUACAGUUGAUCCCGGAAAGAAGGAUGUGUUUGUAUCCUACCAUGGAGACAAUGAUGUAAGACGUCUUUCUUCAAAAGAAUACUACAAUAUGGGCGGUGUUACGCAAAGACAUAAACAGGAACAAGAACUCAAGAAAAGCUUGGGUAUUGAUCAAAUUGAGACCAAUAUCCCCUCACCUAAAACCACGUCUCAUGAUACCUAUAUACUGUACAUUACGUAUAUUCUCCAACAUAUUGAUACACUUUUUAAUUUCUACGGGUUUAGAACUACCAGUAGUAAAUGGUGUAAUUAUAUCGCAUCACAAAAGAGUAUAGAGGACGCCGUUAAUAUCCUUUUAAAUGGAUCUACAAAGUACAACAAGAAAAGAAGGAAAAAUAAGAAGAAGAGUAAAAAGCGAAGGAGAUCUAAAAUAGUUGAUUCUUCAAAAUCUAAACCGAAAAUUGUCAAAAGGUAA